AGCAGUGUGUUAAUUCUCUCUUUUCUGCGAUUUCUGUGGAACAAGGUGACAAUUCAUGGAUGCAUAAAGAAUCUCCUUCUAAACGCCUCAUCUGUGAUGCAAUUGGAGAGUGCCCUAAAUCGCAUCAUCAUGUUCCAGCUAGACAUCUGCCACACCAAACGAACUGUAGCUUAUUUUGUGCUUGUGAUAAAGGGAUCCCCUUACAGAUGGAGUGCCCUGCAGGUCUUGAGUUCAAUCCUGUUUUGGAAGUAUGCGACUAUCCACACCGCGCUGGAUGCCUGAGCAAACAGACUGGUUCAGAGUGGGCUCACACACCAGUAAACAAAAAUGUUUUGCCAAUAUUAUCCUGUGAUGCUGUUGGGUCUUGUUCUGCUGAAACUCACAGUCCAAAGACUGUGCUGCUACCUCACCGCACAAACUGUAAUUUGUUUUGCGUUUGUGAACGAGGCCGGCUUAUUACACAAAGUUGCCCCACUGGGCUGGAGUUCAAUCCUCAUCUACAGGUCUGUGAUUGGCCCACGAAAUCAGGAUGUUCUACUAAGCAGCAUCCGACAACUCAAAUUCCUUGGGUCUUUUCGACUGAGCCCCAUUCAGCAGGUGGAUGUGAUUCACUGUCCCAAUGGGAUGGUAUUCCACCCUCAUCUGAAAGUGUGUGUGUGGCCGUCCCAGUCCAAGUUCCUGACCGCAUUCACUCCCACUAA